AUGGCCACAGCUGAAUUAUCGAAACAUCGUUCAAAAUCAAAACGGAGAUCUAUGUCUAUAAAUGUAGAUCGUCUAACAAAUUUUAUGGAAGAUUCUGACAAUGCUGAACCAUCAACACUACCUUCACUAGGAGAGAGUAAUCCUCAUAUUCUUGAUUUGUUACUAAACGAAAGUUUCUCCGAACUUGAAUUGGGUUUAGAACCAACGUCUAAUUUAACUGAAGGAGGAAAUGUUGAGAUCAAUCAUAGUAUCGAAUCAAACGAUUUAUCUAUAAAAUCGAACGAUAAUUUGGAGUCCUCAGUCGAUGGAAAAGAAGAGAUCAAUAAUGCUCUUGUCUCACAAGAUGUUAUCGAAUCUUUAAUUGCCGUUAAACAUGUAGCGCUCUUUGCACUAGAUAGUCUUUUACAUCAAAUUGUAUCUGAUCAAACUUCUGCUUUAACAUUACAACAUUCAACAACAAAUAAUUUAAGAAAUGAUACAUCAAGAAGACGUUAUUCUUUUAGUCAUGCACCUCUCUCAACUAGUUCAGGUAGUACAAAUAGAACAAGAUCACAAUUAUUAGCAGAUAUUGCUCAUAAUGCAACAAAAUUAGGUAUCAAUAGUGAAAUGGAACAAAUAGAACCAAGGCGUCUAUCUUCACCUGACAUUAUUACAAUUAACAAUAUUCGACAUCAACUGGAUUCUAACAGUCCUUUUAUACCUAAUGAUGAUUAUAGUUUGGCAUGUACUUUAGCCGCUUUGCUUGGUUAUUUAUAUAGAAUUUUGGAGUUAUGUGAACCUAAAAAUUCUGAACCAAAUUCUGAAACAGAUCCUGAAACAAAAUCCGGAACAUCUACGAAUUCGUACAAUGCAAAUGUGAUUUUGUCUAAUGUUUCAAACGAUAAAGAUAUAUACAACACAUUACACAAAGAAGUUACAAAUUUGCAAGAUCGAAGUGCAACCUUAAGUUUGCAAAAGAAUGUAGCAGAUGAACGUCUUGCAACAUGGAAUGAAAUUGAUCGUUUAAUGGAAAUAGUUGCAAGUCUAUGCAGGGAUCGAUCGAAUAUGGAUCCUCCUCCAAGUUAUUCUAAUGAAUUUUAUAGCUUUAAAGAAAAUGAAGAAGUAACAAGCAUUGAUCCGCCCAAAUAUUCUUCUUUGAAUAUAAGGGUAGUUAACGAGAAAACACAGCGAGAUCUAGAAAAUGUAAUAUCGGCGAUAGAUCGUGUUUAUGAUGUCGUACCUCAACUUAACAAUCAACGAGUAGAACUUAAUUCUCGACAAAAAAGAGAAUUAACUGCUGCAGCUUUAUCAACUGCAAUUCAAAAAUUAUCUCGAGGUCGAUUAGAGGAGCAACGCGCAGAAUCUUCAACAAUUAUUAAAUAUCAGACAUUAAACCAUCUUGUUGAUCAAAUUAGUAAGGCAGCAGAAAGAAGUUUUGUAGAUCAACGUGUAGAACUAAGUCCCCGUCAGGCUCGUCAUAUUGAAGUUGCGAAAUUAAACGGGGUAAUCGAACGUUUAGAGAAAAAUCGAUUGACAAAUCAGGAUUGGUAUCCACCUGAACAACUCCUUAUUCAAGAUUUAACAAGGUUAACCAAUGAAUUGGCUAAAAAUUCAAUUAAUCCUGCUUAUGAAUUACAAAGAUAUCAACUUACACUUGAUAAAGAAAAGAACAUGUUCAUGAAUACUGUUCUCAAAAGAAUUGAAAAGUUACAAUCAUAUCGUUUAAAUGAUCAAGAUGCUGAUCCACCUGAAGAGCGAAAAGAACGUGUAUUGAAAGAAAUUGAAGCCAUAAUAGAUAAACAACUGCAUAGUCCUUCUAUGAACAAUCAACGCGCAACAUUAAGUUCCAAAACAGUUCAAAAUGUCACAAGAGUUGAGAAAGCUGAAAAACUUUUAGAGGCAAAUACAACUUUUAGUCGUCCUUCUGAUGAUCUUUUAGAUCGUAUUGUGGUUGCGACUUCCAUAACUAGGAGGUGUGAUGCUUUUAGCUUGUCCUCUGACAGAUCUUUUAGAUUGUUAUGGUUCUCUAGUUCUCUAGGCAUUAUUUCUAGAUUUGAUCAAACGAUAAAUGUGAUUCUCUCUAAUUGUCAUGAACGAAUAUAUUCCGAAACAGAAGGAGUAGAAAGAAUGAAUCUUGGAUUAUAUAUAAUAAGAGGUGAUAACAUAGUAUUAAUUGGAGAACUUGAUCAAGCACGCGAUGAAUCAAUAGAUCUUUCGGAAAUUCGAGCUGCACCUAUUAAUGAUAUUUCAAGACGAUGA